AUGGAGCUGGACGUGGUUGGAUGUACGUGUGAUGUUUGGAGGAGAGGACUCCACCUGCUGCUGCUCGGGAUGCUGCUGAGCGCGCACAGCACCGCGCACGCCUCAGAUGCUUCCACAUCUUCCUCCUCCUCCUCUUUGUCGAGUGUCGGAGGUUUUGUGGACUUCACUUUCACGCAGCAGCCUCAGGACACUGUGACGGUGCGAGGCGGCGUUCUGCAGCUCGACUGCCAGGCGCAGUCUGACGCGGUGACGGCACCUCUCACCAUCACCUGGCGUAAAGAUGGCGUCCUGCUGAGUGCCGUGGUGGACGAGCGGCGGCGGCAGCUGGCUAACGGCUCAUUGCUGGUGCAGAAUGUGGUGCACUCGCGGCAUCACCGGCCGGACGAGGGGGUGUACCAGUGCCUCGCCACGCUGGACGGACUGGGGAGCAUUGUGAGUCAGACCGCCAAGGUGACUGUGGCCGGACCUCUGAAGGUGAUCGUCCCCACAGAGUCGGUGUCCUCAUACCUGGGGGACACAGCCCUUCUACGCUGUGAGGUCUCCGGCGACCCGACACCCAUCAUCCGCUGGCAGAAGAAUCGAGAGGAGCUGCCGGGGGCCUUUGAGCCAGACUCCCGUCUGGCGGUGCUGCCGUCCGGCUCGCUGCAGGUCAGCCGGGUCCAGCCCCCGGACUCAGCCACUUACCGCUGUCUGGCCGACAACCCGGGCAGCACCAGGACCGGGUCGGACGCCGAGCUGCGAGUGCUGCCAGAACCUGGGCUCAGCAGGAACCUCCAGUUCCUCCAGCGUCCAUCCAGAGUCAUGUCUCUGCUGGGAACCGAUGCUGUGCUGGAAUGUUCUGCCUCUGGAUACCCGACUCCAAGCAUCCAGUGGAGGAGAGGAGAGGAGCUGAUCCACAGCUGGAAUAAGAAGUUCUCCCUGCUGGCAGGCAGUAACCUGAUCAUCAGGAGCGUCACUGACGAUGACUCUGGCAGCUACAGCUGUUCUGCUUCCAACAAGAACCACAACAUCACUGCACACACAGAGCUCAGCGUGCUCGUGCCUCCACAGUUCCUGAACUACCCAACCAACACGUAUGCUUAUGAGUCCACCGACAUCGAGCUGGAGUGUGCCGUGACGGGAAACCCUCAGCCGACAGUCCGCUGGAUGAAGAACGGAGAGGAAGUCAUCCCCAGCGACUACUUCAAGAUUGUGGACGGCAGCAACCUGCAGAUUCUGGGUUUGGUCAAAUCAGAUGAAGGAUUUUAUCAGUGUGUCGCUGAAAACUCAGCCGGCCGCUCACAGGCCAUGGCUCAGCUGCUGCUGCGAGAUCCAGUGUCCCCCAGCCCAGGCGUUGUCCUCCCCUCUGCCCCCCGCGACCUGGUCCCUGUCCUAGUGUCCAGCCGAUUUGUCCGACUCAGCUGGCGCCCCCCAGAGGACACGGGACGAGCUGUGCAGACCUACGGUGUUUAUUAUUCCCAGGACGGAGUCGAGAGGGAGCGGUCGGUGAACGUGUCGGAGCCGGAGUCUUUGGAACUGAUGGUUUCGAAUCUGAAACCAGACGAGAGCUACAGCUUCCGAGUCGUGGCCUAUAACGACGUGGGACCAGGAGAGAGCUCCGCCCCCCUGAGGAUCACCACCAAACCCGACCUCCAGGUCCCCAGCCGGGUGGAGUCCCUCCGAGUGGAGGCUCUGUCCCCGGCCUCCCUCCAGGUGAGCUGGGAACCUCCCGGCCAACCAAACGGCCCCGUGCUCGGCUACAGGCUGAUGUGGAGCGAGAGUCCGUUCGACAAGGAGCAGAGUGUGGAGGUAGACGGGCUAAACUACAAAAUGGAGGAACUCCAUAAGUUCACCGAUUACACCGUCCGUGUUCUGGCCAUCAACCGCUACGGGCCAGGCCCCGCCUCCGAGGCCGUGAGCGUCACGACCCAAUCAGAUGUUCCCAGCGCUCCUCCUCAGAACAUCACAUUAGAGGUCGUCCUGUCCAGGAGCAUCAAGGUGUCAUGGCAGCCGCCUCUGCGCGGCGCCCAGAACGGCAUCAUCAGCGCCUACAAGAUCAAAUACAGGAAGACGGGUCGGCGUGGAGACCAAGAGGCCAUUGAACCCAACAACUUCUGGUUCCUGUUCACAGGUUUGGAGAAGGGCAGUCAGUACAGUUUCCAGGUCGCAGCCAUGACGGCCAAUGGAACAGGACCAGCAAGCGACUGGUUCACUGCUGAGACACCCGAAAACGACCUGGAUGAGAGUCAGGUACCCGACCAGCCGAGCUCUCUGCAUGUCAGGCCGCUGCCCAACAGCAUCAUCAUGUCCUGGACUCCGCCCCUCAGCCCCAACAUCCUGGUCCGAGGUUACAUCAUCGGCUACGGAGUGGGAAGUCCUUAUGCAGAGACGGUCCGGGUGGACAGCAAGCAGAGAUACUUCUCCAUCGAAAACCUGGAGCCGAGCUCGCACUAUGUGAUUUCCCUGAAGGCGUUCAAUAACGCUGGUGAGGGAGUUCCCCUUUAUGAGAGCGCCGUCACUCGAUCUCUGACAGCUCGGCCUCCAGACUCUGUAGCAUCUGCAGACACCACGGCGCUCAGCCACACUGUCGCCGGCCUCAAACCAAACACCAUGUACGAGUUUGCUGUCAUGGUGACCAAAGGCCGCAAGUCCAGCACAUGGAGUAUGACGGCUCACGCCACGACGUACGAAGCAGCUCCUAGCUCCGCCCCCAAAGACUUGACGGUGAUCAGUCGUGAAGGACGACCCCGCGCCAUUUUAAUCAGCUGGCAACCGCCGAUGGAGGCUAACGGACGAAUCACAGGUUACAUCCUGUACUACACGCUGGAUAAGAACAUGCCGAUAGACGACUGGGUGAUGGAGGCGAUCAGCGGCGACCGGCUGACUCACCAGGUCGUCGAUCUGAACCUCGACACGGUUUAUUACUUCAGGAUUCAGGCCAAGAACGCCAAAGGGGUCGGCCCGCUGUCUGAGCCCGUCCACUUCAGGACCGCCAAAGUGGAGCAUCCAGACAAGAUGGCCAAUGAUCAAGGUCGCGGAGGAGAACACACCUACUGGCCGUCUGACACCAGCCUCAUUGACAAGAGCAGCAUCAACGAGUCUCCCAUUGGUCAGAUGCGUCCACCUCACGGCAGCGCCACGCCACAGAAGAACGGAAACCUUCUGGUUCUCAUCGUGGUUUCCGUGGGAGCCGUCACAGUCGUUGUGGUCGUCAUCGUCGCGUUGAUCUGCACCAGGCGCUCUUCGGCUAAACAGAGGAAGAAGAGAGCGAGUACCAGUGCCAGUAAGAGGAAGGGCAGCCAGAAGGACCUGCGACCUCCUGACCUCUGGAUCCACCAUGAGGAGAUGGAGAUGAAGAACAUGGAGAAGGCGGCGAGCGUCGCCCCAUCGGCACGUGACUCGCCCAUCCAGUCCUGCCAGGACCUCCCCCAGGUCGCACACAGCCAAUCAGAGAGCCAGAUUGGCAGCAAGAGCAGCCAUUCAGGAGCGGACGGAGAUGAUGCCUCCAUCUGUAUCUCGACUCUGGAGCGCUCCCUGGCUGCCAGGAGGGGAACCCGAGGGAAAAUGAUGAUUCCUAUGGACUCACAACCAAGUAACACACCGGUUGUUAGUUCGAUCCCGGGGCCAGCUCUGGACUCGUCUCAGUAUCCUGGUAUCCUGCCUUCACCUUCCUGCAGCUUCUCACACAACAAGUUCAGCCUGAGACCGAUGCCUUUCCCCAGCCUGACGGUGGACAGAGGUUACACACCAGCGAUGCCCUCGGAGAUCUGCACCAAUCCUCUCCUCCAGCAGCAGCCUCCACCACAGCCGGCCCCUCCCCUCCUUCCAGGCUCCUCCGCCCUGCCGGUUGAGCACACUCCUGUGGUCGGUCCAGUUCCGGGCGCUCCGACUUCAGCUGCAGCCUCUGAGGAGGUCCAGGCAACGAAUGCUCGGACCAUCCCAACGGCCUGUGUGCGGCCCACGCACCCGCUACGAAGUUUCACCAACCCACUGCUGCCACCACCGAUGGGGACCAUCGACCCUAAGGUGUACACAUCCAUGCUUCCGCAGAACAGUGCUAGCCUCCCGAAGCCCCAGGUGAAGACGGCCUCUCUGGGUCAGGCGGGUAAGGCUCGAUCGCCUCUGCUGCCCGUCUCGGUCCCGAUGGCGCCAGACUUCCCAGAAGAGGGAGAAACGAAACCCGGCGAGGAUUCAGCUGCCAACGUUUACGAGCAGGACGAUCUGUCUGAGCAGAUGGCCAGUCUAGAGGGACUGAUGAAGCAGCUCAAUGCUAUUACUGGUUCAGCCUUCUAA